UAAUUACUCGAUUCAGACAUGUGAAAACAAGCGGGCCUUCAAGAUUCAGAUUCAGGCCCAGCACCACUGAACCACCGACCUUCCUUCACCCCCUUCUUUUUUCUCUGUAAUGUCCACAAUAAAACCCUAGCAUCAAUCACCUUCUUCAAAUCAUUUGAUCUUGAUUCAGAAUCAAUAAUGGUGUUCAUUUCAUCACCCAAUUCCACAACAAUCUUUUUCAACCUAAACCCUAACACCACCACUCUUUACUCCCUCAAACAAAUUCUUCAACUCCAAACGCGCAUCCCAAUCUCUCUUCAACAUCUCCUAACUCCCCCCAACAAUUCCACCUAUGACGAUUCUGCCCUUCUCUCCCAUCUGGGCAUCACCUCUUACUCAACCCUGGCCCUCCACGUUCCUCUCCUAGGUGGUGUUGGUGGGACCACCCCUGCUGCUCCUCCGCCUCCACCCAGUAAGCCUCGCCUUGAUUUCCUCAAUUCAAAACCGCCUCCAAAUUAUGUUGCCGGGUUGGGUCGUGGAGCUACUGGGUUCACCACCCGGUCUGAUAUUGGGCCAGCCCGUGCGGCUCCUGACCUCCCGGACCGGUCGGCCACUACAAUUGGCGGUGCAGCUAGUACGGCUGGAGUGGGCAGGGGACGUGGGAAAGCUGGAGAUGACGAAGAUGAUGAUGAAGGGGAUGAUAAAGGAUAUGAUGAGAAUCAGAAGUUCGAUGAAUUUGAAGGAAAUGAUGUGGGGUUGUUUGCGAAUUCUGAGUAUGAUGAAGAUGAUAAAGAAGCUGAUGCUGUUUGGGAAGCUAUUGAUAAAAGAAUGGAUUCGCGAAGAAAAGAUAGGAGAGAAGCUAGGUUAAAGCAAGAGAUUGAAAAGUAUCGUGCUUCGAAUCCUAAAAUCACAGAGCAGUUCGCUGAUUUAAAGAGGAAAUUGUAUUCAUUGUCAGCGGAUGAGUGGGAUAGCAUCCCUGAAAUUGGAGAUUAUUCUUUGAGAAACAAGAAGAAACGGUUUGAAAGUUUCGUGCCUGUACCUGAUACAUUGUUAGAGAAAGCUAGACAAGAGCAAGAGCAUGUGACUGCUUUGGAUCCCAAGAGUCGAGCAGCUGGUGGAACAGAAACGCCUUGGGGUCAGACCCCUGUUACUGACUUGACGGCAGUUGGUGAAGGGAGAGGAACAGUUUUGUCAUUGAAAUUGGACCGUUUGUCUGAUUCUGUUUCGGGGUUGACUGUGGUGGACCCGAAAGGGUACUUGACUGAUUUGAAGAGUAUGAAGAUAACCAGUGAUGCAGAAAUCUCGGAUAUUAAGAAGGCUAGAUUGUUGUUGAAGAGUGUAAUUCAAACAAAUCCGAAGCAUCCACCUGGUUGGAUUGCAGCUGCCAGAUUGGAAGAAGUGGCUGGGAAGAUUGCUGCAGCAAGACAGUUGAUUCAAAGAGGUUGUGAGGAGUGUCCGAAAAAUGAAGAUGUUUGGCUGGAAGCUUGUAGGCUUGCAAAUCCUGAGGAGGCCAAAGCUGUAAUUGCUCAAGGUGUAAAAAUGAUUCCUAAUUCUGUGAAGUUGUGGUUACAGGCAGCGAAAUUGGAGCAUGAUGAUGUGAAUAAGAGUAGAGUUUUGAGAAAGGGAUUGGAGAAUAUACCUGAUUCAGUUAGGUUGUGGAAGGCUGUUGUGGAGUUAGCAAAUGAGGAGGAUGCUAGAUUGUUGUUGCAUAGGGCGGUUGAGUGUUGUCCUUUACAUGUGGAGUUGUGGUUAGCCUUAGCCAGGUUGGAAACUUAUAUUAAUGCCAAGAAAGUGCUUAAUAGGGCAAGGGAGAAGUUGCCUAAAGAACCAGCAAUUUGGAUAACUGCUGCUAAGUUGGAGGAAGCCAAUGGCAAUACCAAUAUGGUGGGAAAGCUUAUUGAGAGGGGAGUAAGGGCAUUACAAAGAGAAGGGUUUGUUAUUGAUAGAGAGUCAUGGAUGAAAGAGGCUGAGGCUGCAGAGAGAGCAGGGUCUGUGGUGACUUGUCAAGCAAUUAUUAAGAAUACAAUUGGGAUUGGUGUGGAAGAAGAGGAUAGGAAAAGGACUUGGGUGGCUGAUGCUGAAGAGUGUAAGAAAAGAGGGUCUAUCGAAACUGCCAGAGCCAUUUAUGCACAUGCACUCACUGUGUUUUUGACUAAGAAGAGUAUUUGGCUUAAGGCGGCUCAGCUUGAGAAAAGCCAUGGAACUAGGGAAAGUCUAGAUGCUUUAUUGCGAAAAGCUGUUACUUAUUGUCCACAGGCUGAGGUUCUUUGGCUUAUGGGUGCGAAAGAGAAGUGGCUUGCUGGGGAUGUGCCUGCGGCACGAGCAAUUCUUCAAGAAGCUUAUGCAGCUAUACCUAAUUCAGAGGAGAUUUGGCUUGCAGCAUUUAAACUUGAAUUCGAGAACCAUGAGCCUGAAAGAGCACGAAUGCUGCUUGCUAAGGCAAGAGAUAUGGGUGGCACAGAAAGAGUUUGGAUGAAAUCUGCUAUUGUUGAAAGAGAAUUGGGGAACAAUACUGAGGAGAGGAGGUUGCUUAAUGAAGGAUUGAAACAAUUUCCUUCUUUCUUCAAGUUGUGGUUGAUGAUGGGGCAGCUAGAGGAACGACUUGGUAACUCAGAACAAGCCAAGGAAGCUUAUGAGUCAGGUCUUAAGCACUGUCCUAAUUGUAUUCCUCUAUGGCUUUCACUUGCUAAUCUAGAGGAGAAAAUGAAUGGGUUGGGCAAAGCACGGGCAGUGCUCACGAUGUCUAGGAAGAAGAAUCCUCACAAUCCGGAACUUUGGCUUGCUGCAGUUCGAGCUGAAUCUGGGCAUGGAAACAAGAGGGAAGCUGAUAUAUUGAUGGCAAAGGCAUUGCAGGAGUGUCCCAAUAGUGGCAUAUUGUGGGCUGCAUCUAUUGAGAUGGUUUCCCGUCCUCAACGCAAAACCAAGAGUACUGAUGCCCUGAAGAAGUGUGAUCAUGAUCCUCAUGUUAUUGCUGCUGUGGCAAAGUUGUUUUGGCAUGAUAGGAAGGUUGAUAAAGCUAGGAACUGGCUCAACAGGGCAGUUACUCUUGCUCCGGAUAUUGGGGAUUUCUGGGCAUUAUACUAUAAGUUUGAAUUGCAGCAUGGAACUGAAGACACCCAGAAGGAUGUUUUGAAAAGAUGCAUUGCUGCUGAACCAAAACACGGCGAGAAAUGGCAAGCAAUUUCCAAGGCUGUGGAGAAUUCUCACCAGCCAACCGAAGCAAUCUUGAAGAAAGUCGUCGUUGCACUUGGGAAGGAAGAGAGUGCUGCAGAAAAUAAUAGACACUAGUAAGCAUGUAGUUUUGCAAAUGUUUACUGGUAGAGAAUGAUCUUUCCUAUCCUUUAGUUUUGGAGUGUUUGAUUUUGACAUUUCAAUUACGUACUGUAGUCAUCAAUUAGGCAAUUGCUAGAAUUCAAUCAUGUAAUGAUUAUUAGUUUGCGUUAUCUGGUAGCGAAAUUCAAUGUAUUAUGUUUACCCUUAAAAUGAUCAAUGACAUGCUUGGUUUGCAAUA